CUUAUCGCUCCUCUAAAACGGUCUAUUAAAGCGAACGCUAUGAAGUUUUUCUUUUUACAAUUACUAUAUGCCUUGCAUUUUAUUCACGUCCUUAGCAACUUGUGUGUUGCUAGGGUUUCCUUGGGAAAUAAUUAAACUCAAUUGAUAUGAAAAAUUUAUUUUUGAAAUAACAGCAACAAUUGUAAUUUUCGAUUUUAAAAAAAUAUAUAUUGUAAAAAUGGAAAAAAAGAAAUCUUUGUUAGAACGUUAUCAAAUUCCCAUAAGUCAUUUGGAUUUUGCCUACAUUAAACAAUGCGAAAGUGGCCGCGAAAUGGAAAAAAUAUUACUAAUAUUGCAAUCGGGUGAGGAAGGCUUCUAUCCGGAUUUAAAUAAAUGCGCCGAAGAGAAAUUAAGGCAACUGAAACCCAAUAGUCGUUUGUUUCGCGUCGAGGAAAAACUUCUAGGACGCGAUGCCUUAUCAGCAGACGAAUUAAAACCGAUUUACGUUUGGAAUCAAGAUAUCAAAAACAAAGAUCAUAAACUACAAAAACUAGCAGAUGAAAAUGAUAGCAACGAUACGAAAAAUUUGAGACUGCCUCCAGUGCGUACAUCGGGUAAAAUACAAUCCAGUAAAGUGGAAAAAGAAACGAAAGAUCCGCCGACAAGAAUUAAAUCUACAGAUUAUUCUAAAUGGGAUAAAUAUGAUGCGGACGAGGAAGUUUUACGAAUGGAAUUGGCCGAAGAACGGAUUGUAGAGGAUGUUGAGCGUAAAAAUCGUUUGAAUGCGAACAAGUGUAAACCGCCACCUACUGUUAGCGAAAUCCAAAAAGAAUUCGACAGUGGAAAGGAGAAAUUAACGAAUUUAACGGAUAUAGAAAAAGUAAAAUUCUCGGAAGAGUAUCGUUUGCGUGGUAAUGAAUACUUUCGCGCCAAGGAAUUCGAUAAUGCUUUGAUAGAAUACACACGCUCUAUUCAAAUAUAUCCGGAAAAGGCGACAGCGGCUUACAAUAAUCGCGGUCUGACAUACUUCAAGUUAAAAAAAUUCUAUGAAUCGAUGAAGGAUAGCGAAGCGUGCCUGGCAUUAGAACCAAAUAAUAUUAAAGCACGCAUACGUUUAGCUGAGGCGCAUUAUGCCUAUGGCCGCAAAAAAGAGUCUUACAAUCUUUAUCUUAAAGUCUUGGAAGUGGAUGAUGGGAAUGCGAUCGCACUUAAAGCUAUCGCCGAACUACGGCAGCAAUAUGAAGACCUACCGCCGCCUAAAGCCACACGCCUGAAAAUACAGGACGAAAGCUCUAAAGCAAAAUCCAAACCAAUUGAGAAAACUCCCGAAACCAAAGUUGAGAAAGUUGAGAAGAAGGAGGAAGCAAAAAAUAUACAGGAGAAAAAAGCGCCGACAAAAGUGGAUAAAGCAAAGCCAAAAAAAAUUAAAUAUGAUUUGGCUGAUUUGAUAAAACCGAAUCGUAUCGUUAAAAAUAAACUGAUAACAGCUGCCGAAAAAUUAGGUAAAAUGCAUGCUCCUGGCGAUGAAAAGGAGAAAGCAAAGGCCACAAAUCAAGAGCAAAGCAAAAAAAAUCCGGAAUUUAUUUUACCCAUGAAUGUUAAAACGGAUUACAAAAGCAAAAUACUUAUAGAGGAAUUGUAAUUUUAUUGUCUUCAUGUGUGGUAUCAUUUUAUAUGUGUUAAUGAAUAAUAGAAAAUCAGUAUAACUGAUUUGUGGGAGCGAGCGAGUGACUCCUCCU